CCCCUUCUGCAGGUUGUUCCAAGGGCUGCCUGGUGAGGAGUGUCCCUGGUGGCACAGCAGAGCUCCAGAAGGAUGCCACACGUCGCUAUUCCUGGGCAGGAGGAGGUGAAGGCUCAUGAGGGCUUCUGUUUGGCAGCUGUUAGAACAUCUGUCUUUCCCUGCAAGGCUCUCCCUACUACAGGGAGCUCUUCAGACAAUUUCCUUGGGAUCUCCCUGCUCUAUUCUGCUGCAAAAUCUCUCCUUCUGCCCACUGCAACACAAAAACUUCCAGUGCUUUCCUCUGUAUGAAGGUGAGAUUCUGCAGAGAUGGAAACAGAUGAGUCACAGCUGGGACCAGAGGUAACCUGGAGAGGCAGCAGAAGAAAGGGGUGGAGUGCUUCUGUCCUGGGCUGCUCAGCCAGGUGGGAUUUGCAGCAAAGGAAAAUAAACAGAGAGCAGGCAGGCUGCACUGGAGGGGUGUCCCUGGCUGCCAUGAAGGUGACAGGACUUUUGGUGAGGGCAGCUCUUGCCCUUUGCUGCUGCUUGGGUACUGCCUUUGGAGUUCAGAUUGACUGCGGCCAGUACUCUGGUGGCAUUACCAAGGAUGGGAGGUCCGGGGUGGCUUGCCCAAGGGACUUCCGUCCAGUGUGUGGCACCGAUGGCACCACGUACAGCAACGAGUGUGGGAUCUGCCUCUACAAUGCGGAGCACAGCGCCAGUGUGGAGAAGGAGCACGAUGGAGAAUGCGACCCAAAACCUGUUGUGGUUGACUGCAAUAAUUACCGUAGAGCUGUGGUAGAUGAUCACGUCCUGGUAGCGUGCCCAAGGAUAAUGAAACCAGUCUGUGGCUCAGACAGCUUCACUUAUGACAAUGAGUGUGGGAUCUGUGCCUACAAUGCAGAACAUAACACCAAUGUUACCAAAAUGUAUGAAGGACCCUGCAAGGAAUCUGUUGCUGUUGACUGCAGCAGGUACCGAACACAAACCACCAAAGAUGGAAAAACCCUGGUACUCUGUCCGAGGGACCUGAACCCAGUUUGUGGCACAGAUGACACCACCUACGACAACGAGUGCGCGAUCUGCGCCCUCAACGCGGAGAAAAGGACCCAUGUUGGCAAAAGGCACGGUGGACAAUGCAGAGAGAAGACUGAUGAGCUUGACUGCAGCAAAUUCCCAGCCAGAAAGGUGAAGGGUGGCAAAGACCUGGUGAGGUGCCCCAGGAUCCUGCUCCCGGUGUGUGGCACAGACGGGUUCACUUAUGACAACGACUGCAGCAUCUGUGCCCACAACGUACAAUAUGGAACUGAUGUUAAGAAAAGCCACGAUGGAAGGUGCAAGGAGGAAAGCACUCCUGUUGACUGCAGCACGUACCUGAGAGGGGCCAAAUCCGGAGAGGCCAUGGGAGCCUGUCCCUUCAUCCUGCGCGAGAUCUGCGGCACCGACGGCGUCACCUACAGCAACGACUGCGCCCUGUGUGCCCACAACAUCGAAUACGGAACCGAGGUUGCCAAGAAGCACGACGGAAGGUGCAUAGAGGAACCUCCCCAGCUGAACUGCAGCCGGUUCCGCAGGACCACGAUGGAGGAUGGCAGGGAGCUGAUGGCCUGCACCAUGAUCUACGACCCUGUGUGUGGCACUGAUGGUGUCACCUACGCCAGCGAGUGCACCCUGUGUGCCCACAACCUGGAGCAUCGGACCAACCUUGGCAAGAGAAAGAACGGGCCCUGUGAAGAGGAUACUACAAGGGCCCUUUGCAAGGACUUCAAAGAAGUCUCUGGUGUGUGCACCAUGGAAUUCAUGCCCCACUGUGGCUCUGAUGGCAAAACCUACAGCAACAAAUGUGCUUUCUGCAACGCCUACCUGGAAAGCAGGAGAACUCUCAACAUCAUGAGCUUGACUGAAUGCUAAGUCUGUGCUGGACUUCAGCCCAGGAAGACAAACUCCCUUCCACAUGUCUUCCCAUGGGCUGACCUUCCCCAUGAAGUAACAUCCCUUCAGCCUGCUUUGUUUCCUUAGCUCCUGAAGCACUUGUUCAAUAAACUGACUUGGCAAUGUU